AUGAGCGCAGACCUGGAAUGUACCGCAAAUCUGCCUAGUUCAGAAGAACCUGAGUUUAGAGACUCUUCGCCCAGGCCCCAUACUUGUGAAAUGGAAGAAAAGGGCGAAGCAUUGCCGACACCCUCUGCCGAAGAGAAGAACGAAGCGUCUCCGACACCCUCUGCCGAGACGCCCCCCUUGGAGACGGUCUCUCCUCUCCCUCCCGCCGAGGAUCUGCCCGUGCAGGACAGUCCUGAUUCCUCCACCAGUCCCAAGGCGGAAGUGCUCCCCAUUUCAGAAGAGAGUCCGGUCAAGAAGGAAGACCCCCAGGGCCCCGGCAAAAAGCCGAAGAGCAGAACCGUGUUCUCGCAGAGCCAGCUCUGUGUCCUCAACGAGCGCUUCCAGAGGCAGAAAUACCUGAGCCUCCAGCAGAUGCAAGAGCUCUCCCGCAUCCUCAACCUGAGCUACAAACAGGUGAAGACCUGGUUUCAGAACCAGAGGAUGAAAUACAAGAGGUGGCAGAAAAACAGCUGGCCCAAGAACAGCGACAGCCUCGCUCAGAUGACGUCAGAGUACCCCGCCGGCCUUUGCUGCCACCAGGGAUGUCUGGUGAACGCCCCUGAGAGCCUCCCGGCAUGGGGUGGCCAGCCCUGGAACAGCGCGGCGGCGUGGGGCGGCCAGGCGGCGUGGGGCGCGCAGAGCUGGAGCGGGCAGUUCCCCGGCUACGAGGACCCCCAGCAGCCGGCCCUGUCGGCUCUCCCGCAGAAUCCUCCCGCCGGGGACUUGGAGAGCACCUUGGAGUCCCCCGGGGAGGCCCAGAACCUCCUCCAGCAGACCCUGAAGUAUUUCAGCACUCAGCAAAUGCUGGAUUUAUUCCCCAAUUUGCCCACGAAUGUGCCGCUGGGAGAUUCAUAA